UUAAUUGAACAAUAGAUACAGAUAGAUUGCAUUAUAAAAGCCACAUCAAAUGAAAAAUUAAGAAACCGCUGAAUGUCAAAAAUAAGCUUAGUAUAUCAGAGAAAAUGGAAUCUCUAAAGGAUAAUUUUGAAAGCUCGAGAAUCUCACCCACUUCAUGGAGGAAAAAGGAAUUACUUAAAGAAGAUUCCAAGACAUCAUUAUUGGCGAAUUACGAAGCCCCCAGGUUAAGUUUCCUCGAGACUAAAAAGGAGUUCAAUGAUCAAAUAGACGCAAUUCAGGAAAAAUAUGGCAUAAAGAACCUAAAAUUGACUAAUAAAAUAACUAAGCCUCGCAAAAAGAUGUCAAUUUUGCACAGCACACUCGAAGGGUUGUUACGAAAGAACAUUAUUAACGCAGAUAUGUUCAAGAAUGAGAAAUCUAAUGACUUUUUCUCUGUGAAAAAGCUGUCCUCAUACAUCAACAGGCUAUCUCAAAAGAAAGAUCUGAAAAUCAAGCGUCAUAAGAAAUAAUAGUCCUGUAUAUUUAGUCUCAA